GUGUUAGACCCAAAACAUCGUCCCGUAAGCUGCCAACCGUCGCCCGGCUCGAUCACCAUGGCGCCCUCGCCGAACGGCAGCAUUAACAUCGACGAUCUCUGGCAGCAAGCGUUGGACGAGUAUCGAGCCCUGACCAAGGUCAGAGCCGAAGACCAGAAGCCCCCGUCGGACCGCAUCCUGGUUUUCUGGGGGAGGAAGAAGCCCGAUGACGACCCGCCGACUGAGCAGCAGCAGCAGCCGCCGCAGCCGGAGACUGACAGUGCCGAGUUCCUGACAAACCACUGCAUCGACUUUGGCACCUCCCGGGAUGGUGGCGGGAAGAGGGACAGAGCCCGCCACAUGCUCGCCAAGAUUGCAGAGCCCCUAAGAAGUUUGGCCCCCGGCGCCGGCCAUGCGGCCAGCGUGACAUUCCCGGCCGCCCCAGUUCUUGCUGUUAAGCUCAUUCCGUCUGAGGAAGGGUACCGGGAGCAUGUGACGCACGUCUUUUGCGCCAUCCUGAAGUUCUGCGGCAAGACGCAGCAGUUCAUCGUCAAGCCCCCCGGGCAGGACAAGGCACAUUCCGACAAGCCCAAGCUCAGCCGCUUCAAGCCCUUCUUCACACGCAUGUUCCACGGCGGGGACGACGACGACCUCAAGGCCGUCUACGACGAGGCGAUGCGGUGUCUCUUCGGGCUCGACUCGGCGACCAUCAUGAUGACGCUGGCGUCGGUGCUAGGCCUUGACGCCAAGGUCGACGAGAGCAACAAGCACAUCGAAAGGCGCUGGGCUACAUAUCCAUCAGCAAGCGGCUCCAAGAUGGGCAAUCUGCCCCACGUCGCCGGCGGCCAGCCCGGGGCCGACCGCACUUCGCACACGGUCGACCUCGUCAACUGCGUGCUGGCCACGGGCGCCGAGCACCACAUCCGGCAGCGGCUGCUGGGGUUGAAGCGGGACUUUGUCGCGGGCACGUGCGAGUGGGUGGAGGAGGACGCGGGCUACCAGACCGUGAUGCAGCUGCCGCCUGGAGCAGAGGGGGAGGCGGCGGCGGCAGGGUCCGUUGGGCUGCACAUUGGCGGCGAGUCGGGCAUGGGCAAGAGCGUCCUCUCAUCCUACCUCUACGACUCGCUGCUGAGGCGGUUUAAGGACGACGCGACGACUUCGGUGGCGUACUUUGCCUUUGACGAGGAGGUUCCGGCCCUGCACUCGGUGAUGAACAUGGCCUACUACUGCGCCGUGCAGGUCGCCAACCAGGAGAGUGCGUACGCUGACAAGAUCGCCAGGCUUAUCCGCCGUGACCAGGAACACAAGGGUCUGGAGGACCAGUAUUGGGACGAGCUCUUCCUGAAGCCGUUCCGCAGCCAAGAGCGGAAGCUGGUUAUGGUCUUGGAUGGCAUCGACCAACUCCCGGAGGACGAACGAGAGCGGCUGGCCGGGUACAUCAAGGACACAAGGUCGGGCGGCGCGGCUUCGUUAAUGCCCGUGCGCUUCAUCCUGACGGGGACACCGCUCCUUGUGGACGACGGCCUUGGGCUGGAACAGAUCGACCUCUCGAUGAGGGCGACGAAGGACAGCCUGAGGAAGUUUAUUCAGGCGCGCGUGGCAAAGCUGCCCAGACUCGCGGCGCAUCGCGAGGGCUUGAGGAAAAUGGUCGAGGACGCAGUGGCGGCGAAGACGAAUAGCUUCUUCUACGCCCAGAAUGCACUCCAGCGACUCGACUGCAUUGACAGCACUUCGGUGGUCUCGAGGGCACUCAUGAGUCUGCUAGAGCACACGAUGUAUCUGUGCGGCGUACUGUUGAAGGACUUUCUUGCAUACCUGUCCGAGGACACGAAGCGGGGAAUCACUAGACUGCUCGUCUGGCUAGCCCACUCCAAAACGCGGCUGAGCCUCGGGGCUGCGGCUCGGUUUCUGCGCCUGAAUUCGGUCGACGACGCAAACAAGACUAUCCAAGAGGCGGCCGGGAGGGGAGUUUCGAGCGUGCUCUCCGUCGCCGACCGGGACGACGGGGACAUGUCUGCGGAAUCCGAUGUCGACAAGGGCCUUGUUGGGUUUCGGGACUGGUCUUUUAGCAAAUACGUCGUCGAGCUGCCCGUUGCGGACCUGCGCGAGGAGCAUGCUCGGUCCGCAUUACACGGCGUGCGUUGGGUUCUCGCCAACGAAAAUGGGGCUGUGGGGAAGCUGGAAGAUGUUGUCGAUGCCUUCAACGACGACGAGAUCUUCUGCAUCCUGGGAGACCAUGUGGCAGCGCUGAACAUACUGCGCCUUCUCACGGAGCACCCCAAAGCUCCGGCAGUUGAUAACGACCAUGGCAUGGACUUUUCAGCCCGCUACUCCAAAACACUCGAGCAAAUUGCCAGGCAGCGCAUCAGCAACUGGCAGGAGGCUGCCGGCACUGAGUCGGCCUUCGUUUCGUUCCGGCUCGCCCUUCGAGCGUUGUAUGAUGCCGGUAUCCUCCGCCCACCCGCCGCCCAAACUGAGAUUUCCAUAAAGGAGAUUACAGAAGUGGCCGAGGUUUGGAGGUGGGACCAAACCGCACGGUACCACAAGCAAGUCUCGCUGGUCUUGUUUUUUAUCCUCAGACCCGAGGAAGCGCUCGCGCAUGCUGAGAAAGGCCUCGAAAAAGCGGAAGCCGACGGAACAGUAGUGGCCUCCCGAGAAAAGCUGGACCUGCAGCUAAGAGUGGUGUGGACGAGGUUCGAUAUGUGGGAAGAUGAAUAUGAGCCGACCGAGAAGUCCUUCGACGCGCUGGCCGAGACCCAGGCUGCGGUGGAGGACGCGCGCAAGAUUCACGGCCUAGUCCAAGAAGUCCUUGACACUGCAAGUCGGCCCGAACUUUCCUCUCGGCUUGAGUCGGACGACGAGCUUCGCUCCGAUAUCAACGAGUGCUACCAGACGAAAUCGAGGCUCGAAGUACUUCUCGAUGACCACCGGGAGAACGCCGUGGACACGAUUCUCGAGUCGAUGGAAUUUAACACUCCGGCAGUCACUGUCGACUACUUUGAUGGGAUCAUCGAGGGUCUUGCCGAACACCAGAUGUGGGGGGAUAUUCUUCGCCUACUGGAGGGGAUUAAAGAUGAGCGUCCUAUGAGCGAGGAAAGAUGGAAUCUGACGCACGAGAACAUCCUCACCGCGGCCAGGGCAUAUAAUGCGGAGGGCCGGAGCGUGGUAAGAGACUUCUACAUGGCCUCGAUUCCGGGCCACUUGGACGCCUCGGACACGGCAUCCCUCGGGGCGUCGCUCCCGCUGGCCAGGUUCUACCAGCUCGUCACGCACGGGCCGGCCCUCGCCAAGCAGCGGGCCCGCCAGGUCCUCAACGUCAAUCAUGGCGGUCUGCGGUGGUUCAACAGGGCCACCGACCUCGAGAGCAUCUUCAACGACUGCCUCGAUACGCUGGGCGACGACGAGUCGCAAAACGACCCGUACAGCCUCAGGAUGUUCGCCAAGACGCUGAUGCUCGUCCCCGGCAUGGACGAGACGCUGGCGCAGGUGGCGCUGUCUUGCCAGUUUUCGACCCUGAACCCGGAGAGGUAUAGAGAAGAGAUGAAGAGGGACCGCGGCGCCGGCGAGGAGACGGCCGGCAGGGAGGGCACCAACGAAGAGAACUCUGACGAAGAGGAUGCCGACGAUAAGAACACCAAAGAAGAGAACACCAACGACGAGAACGGUGACAAAGAGAACACUGACCAAGAGAGCACCGACGGUGAGGCCACCGACGAGGAGACCGCCGGCAGCGAUGACAGCGACACGACUCGGCCUACUUCUCCAUAUCAUGCCAAGUCUGCGGCAUCAGAACCUCCACCUACGCGCCCUCCAAUCCCAAAGCCACCUACCUCUGCUACCAACCACUGCGCCGACAGCGACCUCUGUGCAGAAUGCUACGAGCUCCAUCAGCACACCACCGCGCCGCGCGACGAGGACAGCGAGCCGGGCCAUCUCGACAUGUGCCCGGGCUGGCACAGGCAUAUCCGGGCGCCGGUCGAGGGCUGGGGCGGCUUGGAGGACGGCAUGAUUCGGUAUGGCGAGCAGGAGCCGGUGAAGCUGGCCGAGUGGCUGGAGAUGGUCAAGGGGAGUGGGAGAGGUGUUGGGCUGAGUAUUGGCGGGGUGAUGAGGAGAUGAGGGAGAAAAGGGGGCGCUGGAUGAGACCAUUGGUUCGCCAGCGCAUGAAUCCAACUGUGUUCGGCCAUGUUGUCGGCAGGAUUGGCGGGCUUUAAAGCCAGCGCCAUCUGGGCUGCCGAGCGUCAGCCGUCUGUGGAUUGUGUCGCGUGGGCUCGCGUGCCAGCUGCGCGCCAGAAUCAGGUCAGCGCCAACAUACGGGCAAACAAAGUAAUAAACCAAUGCAUAUGCUUUCCAAAAGAUACUUUCGCAUUAUUCCUUUUCUGCUUCUAUCACACCCCUCCU